UUUCGCACCUUCAUUACUUUUGACGGUGAAAGAGGCAUCAUCAUCAGCAUUAUCGUCUGCUUAAAGUCGCGUAAAAGCGCGACUCUUCCUCGACGCUCGUGACUGUCACUGCGCUGCUGAAGUGGUAGGUCUACUCUGGCUGCUGUGUGUUCGCUGACGCUGCUGCUUGUGAGGACGUUCGAGGACGUGCUGUUGCCCCUUAGAGCGUCCGUAACCGUCGAGCAGUCUGCCAGCGCUCUGCUGAUACCUUGUGACAUCGACUGUGAAUUUUCUGUAUUCCAUUCUCUUGGUGGUGGCUCUACAAUGUGGUUUGUCCCAGCUGCCCUGAGUCGAUCAGCGGUCGUGUUUAGGCGCGGCGUGAUGGCCCAGGAGCGACUGAAAACCAUUGUAGGCCACCUCAAAGGUGGUGGCAUUAAUAAUGUCAUCAGCAUGUUUGAAGACAAGAACAUCCUGGAAGAAGUCAACAAGAAGAUUGCGGCUACACAGUCAAAAGGAGGCUUCCGCUUCACCCUCGAUAGCUUUCGACUGUCGGACGAGCAGCGGCGUUUCUACGAGGACAAUGGCUUCAUUAUUAUCCGCAAUUUGGUUCCUUUGCGAGACCUCGAGGUCUACAGGAAGCGCUUCCAGGAUAUUGCUGAUGGUAAGGUCAAGGUUCCUGGCCUGGUGGUCAUGAAGGACAUCUCCAAGGUGGAUGCCGACCACAGCGAGCACGUGGUAAACAAGUUGCAAGAACUAUACAUGGACGACGUGCUCUUCUCCUAUUGCACCUUGCCACAGAUUCUGGACUAUGCAAGCUCAUUCUGUGGGCCUAAUUUGACAGCCAUGCACACAAUGCUCAUCAACAAGCCACCAGAUACAGGGGCCCUAACGUCCCGUCAUCCGCUGCACCAGGAUCUGUACUACUUCCCAUUUCGGCCAGCAGACCGUAUUGUGUGUGCGUGGACGGCCCUGGAGAAAGUGACACGUGAGAACGGUUGCCUCGUCGCCAUUCCUGGAUCGCACCACGGAGAUCUGAUGGAGCAUGGCUACCCGGAGUGGGAGGGUGGUGUGAACAAGAUGUACCAUGGAGUCAAGGGCCUGGCAGACUCCGUGUUUGACAAGCGUGUCCACCUGGAGAUGGAAGCGGGUGACACGGUGUUUUUCCACCCGCUCCUCAUCCAUGGGUCGGGUGCCAACAGGACAAAGGGCUUUCGCAAGGCCAUAUCAUGCCACUAUGCAGCUUCCGAGUGUGAGUACAUUGACGUGCAAGGCUCUGUCCAGGAUCCUAUUGCUGAAGAAGUGCUCGAGAUCUUCCGCAAGCGCUUUCCCAACAUUGCGGUGAAAAACUAUGCGGAUGUCUGGAAGCUGAGAGCCCGCCAAGUUCGAGGCCUGGAGGGGAACCUUUAAGCACGUCCGUGCUUGCUGCAUGGGCCAAGUGUGGCUCAAGACCUCCUUAUGCGAGGCCCAAUUGCUUUAAUCUGUUCUGUCUAAGUAGUAUUGUGACUCUAGAAGGCAAUAUGGACAUAACAAGGGCAUCUGUUGAUGUACGCUCAUUUAGACCACAUAGUACUUGGGUCACUGCUGUUCAUCCUCGGAGAUUGGCAGCUGCAUUUGCAGUGUAGGCAAGAAUUCUCGAGGCCCGUGUGCUUAGAUUUAGGUGCACAUUAAACAACCCCAGGUGGCCGAUGGGUCCGGAGCCCUUCACUGCGGCAUCCCUCAUAAUGGUACCGUGGUUUUGGUAUGUUAAACGCCAACAAUUAUAAUAUGUCCUCCGAGGCAUGCUACUGUGAAUGAAUGGUGUGGCAGCAUGGGGCCUUAUCUUGCCAAUGACCAGUCUAUUGAGAGUUCUUCCUACGUAAUAUCGCCACAUGAAAAUCUGCUGUGCUUGCAAGGCAGACUGUGGCAUCGCAACUUUGCAGCCUCCGUAAUUGAACCAAGUAAGGGUAAUUAGUACCAUAGAUAGACAAUCAGCAGCAACAUUUCAUCAUCGGGACUGUAUACGCGAUCGUCCCACCAUUAAUGCAGCUUUCUUAUGAGAAAAUAAGGAACUCAGUCUUGUUCAAAUAAUUCUCGGCCAACUGAGGGCUUCCCUGCACAGUGUACUUGAAUAAUAGUGCGUAUCCUGUGCCCAAAGGGUGGCACCGGUAGAAGGGGUAAACACUGGGGCUGCAUUGCGGCACACCCUAGGUAUCUCUAUUGAAGCUUAUGUCUGGAGUAGGUCACUAUGGAAGCAGUCGCAGACUGUGAUGAGCCGUCACUGACUUUAUUUUUUAGCUAAAUUUCCUGAAAUUUCCUUUGCAGUUGUCCAAAAUGCUUUUGUGACAACUUACAGUACCUUAGUACCUGGGAGAUUAGUAUGCGAGCUUAUACACAUUGAUGAAACAAGAAAUUUUUGAACACGAAAUGUCACUAGAGCCAAAGUUUUGACAGGGGGACUUGCUUUCAUCAAGUCUCCUUGUAAAAAUGUUGGCUUUAGUGAAAUUUUAUGUUCAAGGAUUUUUUCUUUCAUUUUUUAAAGCCUUUUACAGAACUUGUGUUAUUUCUAUUUGUACACAGUCAGAUAGAAAGUUUUUUAUGGAUGCUCAUACUGCUGCAGUCUGUCAUAGUUAUGCAAGUAUGAGAGAAAAUGUCUUGCCAUUGGACAUGUGGAUUUAUGGCUCUUUCAACUGCUUUUCAAUUUUUUUAAAAUAAAAUAGCAAACCCUAGAAGCCUUACAGAUACGUACCUGAAGCACCACCAGAUGAUUUACGAUGAAGCCUGCAUCGAUAAACCCAAGAAUUGUAGGCAUCAUGAUGCCAUGUGAUACAAACUCUAUUUGUUCUUGUGAUUCCUAUGACACCUGUUCAAAAUAUUCGAGUAUUUCUUAGCUAUGACAUGUGUGGAGUUGAGCUUCUACAACUUCGGAAAGAGUACUUUUUCAAAGAAGCAUCAUCUUGGCAAGACUUCACUGAUGGCAUUGUCUUUUGUCCCCCCCCCCCUUUUUUGUUUUGAAUGACAACACAAUAGAGCUGAAGAACAACUAGAGCAUAUGGUGUUUUUUGCAGUGUUUGUGGGGACAUGUUACUUUUCUCGCGAAUUUAGUAACAUAAUUGUUGCCUUUUCGGAACUGUAACUGGUAAUGUACUUACAUUAACAUUAACAUUGUAUGAAAAAAAAUGUUUUUCACCUAUUUUCAUCUUCCAAGCUAUCCUUGUUCUUCAGUUCAUGAACACUUUUGUGGAAGGUAUAAAAUUUAGCCAAACUUUCUUUGUACUAAAAGCCAAGAAUAAGUCAUGACAACCUCUCAAAGUGCUUUUAUAUGAUACCAUGUGCAAUAAGUAACCAUCUUUAAUUUGAACAAUAAAGCAGCUUGAUGUUUC